AUGUCAGGUGGUGUUGGUCCAACAGGCUGUGACAUUGCCCUCCCAAAAGAAGCAGAAGUUGAUUUCAAAGAAAAAGAAGACCUACCACUCAAGAAUUUGAACAAAUCCACCACAUCAAACAAACAGGGAUUUCUCUCAUUCAACCAGCUCAAUUCCCUGGCUGUGGUAAUUAUCUUGUCUGCUAGCGGCAUGGUCAGCCCUGAAGACUUUGCCUUUGUGUUCUUCUCCCUAUUUUACAUGUACUUCAUAUCCAAGGUGGCUUUCCCCCCACUUAACCCUUCAAGGGAUCCUCAAGGUUUCAACUCGCAAAACAAGCUCCUUCAAAUUUAUGGGUUCAUAGGGGUCACCAUUGGCCUUUACACUCCAAUAGCCUAUAUAUUAGAGGGUGUUUUUGAGGGUGACAAGGAAGGGAUCAAAGCAGCAGCACCCCAUGUUUUUCUCUUGGCCAGCCAAGUUUUCAUGGAAGGGGUGGCAUUAUCACAAAGGUUCUCAGAUCCAAUUAGAGCAUUUGUUCCUGCUUUCUACAACGCAAGGAGGAUUUUCACCAUUGUGGAUUGGCUUAGGAGUGAGGUGUACAAGGUCAACAAUGAGCACAGUGGAUCUGCAUGGAGGGUUAAUGUUGGGAGAGCACUGGCAAUGGCUAACAUGGCCUUCUGGUGUUUCAAUCUAUUUGGGUUCAUGUUGCCAAUGUAUAUUCCAAAAGUUUUGAAGGCGUAUUACUCAGGGUACAAUGAGAAAGAUCAAUGA